AUGACCGAUCACGAAACGCUUGAUGAGCCCGAGCGUCCCUUAGGUGUUCAGUUCCCAAUGCACCCAACAUCGGAUCAAGACGAUGGCGUUAGCACUGUCUAUUGGCGUCCUGCUAUCUACUGUACUCUGAUCUACUUAUUAAUGGGCAUUGGUUAUUUCAUCAGCGCUGCACCGCAACUCCGCCUGUUGGAGUCAAUCAUAUGCGAGCAGUACUAUAGAGAUUCUCAGUCGCCGGUGUCAACACAGGAGAUUCCCGAGCAUCUCUGCAAGGAAGAACCUGUUCAGGCUGCCCUGGCCCAGCUACUUGGAUGGCAGUCGUUCUUCGACAAUAUUCCCGGACUUUUCCUCGCGUUACCAUAUGGAAUUCUUGCAGAUAAGUACGGAAGGCGGUUGAUUAUGACUCUGAGCUUUGUGGGGCAGUUUGCUGGAAUGUCCUGGGUUUUGAUUGUUUGUUGGUUUGGAUUACCAAUCAAAGCGAUGUGGCUAUCAUCUCUAUUUCUCCUUGUCGGAGGGGGAAGCAAUGUUGCCGGCUCAGUUAGUAUGAUGAUCAUUACUGACUCGACGCCAGAGAUCAAGAGAUCGCAGAUCUUCAUGUAUUUCAAUGCUGCGGUGAUCAUUGCCGAAAUAAUCGCUCCCCCAAUUGCCUCAUUGUUAAUGAAACGAAAUCUCUGGGUUCCCAUUCUCUUGAACUCCGCCUGCGGUGCUAUCUCCAUUCUCCUCUCCUGGUACAUGCCGGAGACCAAUGAUUUUGCUCUCCAUGCACAGAAAACCCAAUAUACCGAGAUCCCAAGCAUAAGCGACGAUGAUGAAUCGCUAGAACCGCCUCUCAAAGAGGCCGGAAACUUUAUUUUCCUGUUUCACAGCCUGAAAAAAAGUAUGCGGAUUAUCUUCACGGAGAAGAACAUCGCACUUCUCACAAGCUGGCUCCUCUCCUUUCGAGCUGUAGCCCAGCUGCUUCAAUUCCUGCUCAUUCUUCCAUGGGUAGACCGCACAAUAGGCAAACGCUUCGAACGAGAACCGCGAAAGAAGGACCUUUACCUCGCUCGGGUGAGCAUCCUUGCCAUCACUAUAGGGUUUGGGAUCAUGGGGAUUGCCCCGGUAGUCGGGCUCACCAUGUUUGGAAUUGCGAUCUAUACCACAGGAUCUGGAUUCGGCACAUUUGCUCGAAGCUUGAUCAGCUCCCUAAUGGAGCCAACAAUGAUGGGCGCAUUAUACAGCACCCUAGGCCUUAUGGAUACUCUCGGCUCUCUCUUGGCGGGCCCCAUGAUGGCAUGGGCCUUUCGGUGGGGCAUGAACAUGGGUGGAGCCUGGCUGGGUAUGCCAUACCUGAUUUCAGCAGUCUUGUGUGGAGCGAUGACAGUGAUAAUUUUCCUUAUCCGUCUCGGACGGUCAGAGGCAGGUGGAGUGGGUUUGGCUUAG